CCCUCUUGCCCGCCGCCGCGGCCUGGAGAGGAGGUCCGAGCGCGCGGCCAAUCGCGGCGGCGGCGCGGCGCGUUACCCGGCAGAAUGGGCCGGGGUUCCGCGGACUAGGCUGCACGGCCUCGCGGAGCGCCCGCUCCCAGCGAAGUUCCCGGCGGGCGGAGGCAGAGGCGGAGGCGGCGGCGUGGGGCCGCGGGCGGCGCCCGGCCCGCCCUCCGCGCCAUGGCCAAGGUCCAGGUGAACAAUGUGGUGGUGCUGGACAACCCGUCCCCCUUCUACAACCCGUUCCAGUUCGAGAUCACCUUCGAGUGCAUCGAGGACCUGAGCGAAGACUUGGAGUGGAAAAUUAUCUACGUGGGCUCUGCAGAAAGUGAAGAAUAUGAUCAAGUUUUAGACUCUGUUUUAGUGGGCCCUGUUCCUGCAGGAAGGCAUAUGUUUGUAUUUCAGGCUGAUGCGCCCAACCCAGGACUCAUUCCAGAUGCAGAUGCAGUUGGCGUCACCGUUGUGUUAAUUACUUGCACCUAUCGAGGUCAAGAAUUUAUUAGAGUUGGCUAUUAUGUAAAUAAUGAAUAUACUGAGACAGAAUUAAGGGAAAAUCCACCAGUGAAACCAGACUUCUCUAAGCUUCAAAGGAAUAUUUUGGCAUCUAAUCCCAGGGUUACAAGAUUCCACAUUAAUUGGGAAGAUAAUACAGAAAAACUGGAAGAUGCAGAGAGCAGUAAUCCAAAUCUACAGUCACUUCUGUCAACAGAUGCUUUACCUUCGGCGUCAAAGGGGUGGUCCACAUCAGAAAACUCACUGAACGUCAUGUUAGAAUCCCACAUGGACUGCAUGUGACCACUGCCAUCCCUUUAGUACAAAUUAAGCUAUCAAAACCAGAACUGUUUCCCUGAAAUUCCAUAAAUACAUAGUUAAGACACAAUGUGAAGAAUUUCAUCCUGUAGAAAGUUUGUAAGAAAACCAGUAUUUGAGCAAAUUGUGGAAUAUAAAUACAACUAUUUUUAAGUAACUUUUCUCUAAUGCGUUAUUUUAUUUGUUCUGAAACUAAUCAGAUUAAAGUAUAUAUAUUAUUUUCUUCUCCUUUAUAUGUAAUUAAAGCACUUAACAAAAAUAUGAAUCUUCUGACUAGACUGUAAAGCUGCUUAGCCUCCUGGACAGUAAUCUUUGGACUGCUGUUUUACUGGUUUACACAAAGUUCACUUGUACUAAAAGGCUUAUUCCUGUGAAAAAGUGUGGUUUUGAUUUCAGGGGCAGAUUUCUAUCUGUAGUGAAAGAGUGCCCUUAAAAAGGGAACUUGUAGUCAGCCAUAUGCUACUAAGAACCUUAGGGUAGCAAAACAAAGCAUCUUGUGGCUACUAUUACAACUCAUGCUAUUGGAUGCAUUUAUAACAAAUGUGACCAAUGGUUUCUAAGCUCUGCUGCCUAUGGUUUUUGUAACAGUUGAUAUCAGAGCACAUGGGUUAUAAAUGAGUAUUGUCCAGUUAUUUCAACAUAUGAACAGCAGACACAAACUCCCUUGGUGAAGGAUAGGAGAUUGUAAUGGCUCAAACCUGUUCAGCUGAUGGCACGACUGCCUUUGUCCUAACAGGUAAGGGACCAGAAACCUGUGUAUCCCACACCUGUACUCUUCCCUGUACCUGCUGGCAUGCAACGACUAAGGUCAAGCAUACUUGUGGUGGGCAUCUUCUCGAUACCUUUCCAGUAACACGAUUCUGAAUAGCAGUGUUUCUAAUAAGGUGUUUCUAAUUGGAAAGGGCUUCAUUACAUAAAUGCACCAAAAAGUUACUUUUCUUUGAUGAAAGCUAGGUAUUUCCUUUAAAAGUUUCUUAUGCUGCAUUAAAUUCAGGGCAGAGUAUUUUUAUUUAACUGUUAACAAGACAGCUACAUCAUACAGAUUACUCAGUGCCUUCAUAUCUAAAGUUCUAUACUGUACUUUUAAAAGCUUUUAAGGAAAGUGCAUUUGUCUAAAUACAGAUUUAAGUUGUAUAUAUUUCCUGUCAUCUUAAAAUGAAUUUAUGCAGCAAAGUUUUGCUGUUAUACUUUAAUACACCACAGUUCAUAGAUUUUUAAAAUAUGUCUAAGGGUUAAAGUUAUAAAGAAAAUCUCAUUUUUGUCUAACUGCAGUUAAAAUAUCAAAGUGAAAAUAAAAAUGCUUUCUAAUAACUCAGUGACUAAUACGGCAGGAACAAGAAAUGAUAUGUACUUACUAGAAAUAAAACAUACCCAAAUCAAAUAAUUCACUGCUGAAUUUUUAUUCUAAUUAAUUUAUAAAGAUUGCUUUGUAGUUACAUCAAAUAGCUAGGUUUUUAUACCACUUUGUAAACAGCCAUUUUUCAUGUAAGUUUCGGACUUAAAAAAUGAUUCCUUUUGGUUUUUUGAGAUAGUCUCCCUAUGUAAUUCAGGCUUGUCUUAGACUUAUUAUGUAGCCCAGGGUGAUCCUCCUGCCUCAGCCUCUCCAGCACUAGAAUUACAGGUGUAUGCCACCAUGCCUAGCUUAUUACCUUUUUUUAUGUUAAAUUUUAUAGCUGUAUAAGGCAACUUUGGAAUGUGACAAAACAGAUUCAAAGUUUUAAAAUUAAAGUAUGUACAUUUCUUCUCAUUUAGCUUCAUCUUCAGACUAUCUGAAUCAGCUAGAAGGCUUCAAUCUCCCCACUCCCACCCAUCAGUAAAUAAUUGUGCCUGGGGAACAUAAACAGGCAUAUGUUACUUUGCCAAGAAGAGCUAGAAGAAAUGAAGGGUAACAUUUUGGAAGACAAACAGCCAGGAAGUGUAGGGAAGCACCAUGCAUUUGUGCACUCAUAUCUUUAUGUGACCUUAGGGUUCUAUUAGAAUUAGAAGUUUUCAGUUUUACCAAGAAAGUUGGCAGCAGUUUUCAGAGCUUUUUUGUAGGGAGCGGUUUUAAAUAGCUGCUGCUGCCCUGUCCCUCCUGCCUGAGGGCAUUUUGUGUGUCAGCCUAUAUUUUUUAUGAUCCUCCCCUUGCCUGCAAUGCACAUGACAAGCAAACUUCCUGUUUCAGCCUGCCUACAUUACCCAUAAUCCUCUCCUGCUUACAUCAUAUAUCCGGAUAUGAUGAUGACCUAUCAGAUUAAGCCUUCUUCCUGCCUAUGGCCCGCCCCCACCCUAUAUAAGUUGUAACCAUUUUAAAAAUAAACGAGACUCGAUUGGAAUCUCAUCCUGUCUCCAUCUCUCUUUUCUCUUGUCCUGCCCCCAUCCCCGAUCCCCUCUCCAGGUUGAGACCCAUAGAUUGGUCCGCAGGCCGGAUCAAGUGGCGACCACGAAGGGACCUCACCUGGCACGAGGGAUAACGACGCGGGACCGUUCACAGGAGUAAAGCGCUGGCCAGCGUGACUGAUUCAAGGACAUUGGUCCUGUGAUCUGUGCAGACGGCCACCUUACGUCUCGCCUGAAUCACGGUAGGUGAACGGCAUUAACAUGGGACAAGCACUCAGUGAGCACGAAUUGUUCGUGACUGGCCUCAGGGAGGCUCUCAAGAUUAGAGGGAUCAAGGUUAAGACAAAAGAACUAAUAAAGUAUUUUCAGUUCAUACAUUCAGUGUGUCCAUGGUUCCCCCUAGAGGGUACGAUUAAUUUAAACAGGUGGAAUAGAGUAGGAGAUGCUCUUAAGGACUAUUAUGAAGUUUUUGGUCCAAAAAGGGUUCCUGUAACUGCUUUUUCAUAUUGGACUUUAAUCUCUGAGCUGCUGGCACAACGUCACGCAGAUCCCCAGCUCGCGGAGACGCUUGCCCAGGGUGAGGCUGCGUUAGCUGCCUCCUGCAAUUGUACUCCGCCACCACCAGUCUUAUCUAAGGCACCCAGCCCUCCCAGCUCUGUUGUCCUUGAGAUCCCGGAGCCUAUUCAAGAUGGCGAUGUGCCGACACUCCCUUUGUCUGGAGACCACGAGGGUCCUCAAAAUGGCGCCGCCACGGCCCCUCCUCCAUACCGCCCUAUUUACCCUGACCUUUCCAGUGGCCAGGAAGUUGAUUGGUCACAAUUAGCAGAAGAGGCUGCCCAAAGCCAUCCCCACCGGGAUUUAUGGCCCUCUUCCCAAGGGCACUCGUGGGUUAAUUCUUGGACGCGGCAGCACAAUAUUAAAAGGGUUACAAGUUGUUCCAGGAGUCAUAGAUAACGACUAUACUGGCAAAAUUGUUGUCAUGGCAUCCUCUAUCUCUGGCCUAGUUUCCAUUAGCCAAGGACAACGUAUUGCUCAGUUGGUGCUGCUGCCUUUAGUUCAAACUUCUAAUGCAGCUGUGGCUUCCUACAGGGGAAAUUCUUCCCUUGGAUCCUCAGAUAUAUAUUGGGCUCAAUUCAUUUCCAAAGAUAAACCCCUUAUGUCUUUAUUGCUUAAUGGGAAAAGUUUCUCAGGGCUCAUAGAUACAGGUGCUGAUGUAACAGUCAUUAGAAAGGAGGACUGGCCUCCCACAUGGCCCUUAGAAACCACUAUGAUGCAUUUACAAGGGAUUGGACAAUCUAAAAAUCCACAACGUAGUGCCAGUCUACUUACCUAGAAAGAUAGUGAGAACAAUCAGGGGCACAUACAGCCCUAUAUUGUAGAGGGGCUGCCCCUUAACUUGUGGGGCAGAGAUUUGCUAACUCAAAUGGGAAUGAUGAUGGGCAGUCCCAAUGCUGUAGUCACCAAACAAAUGCUCACUCAGGGCUUCCUUCCUAAUCAAGGUUUAGGCAAACGAGGCUCAGGCAUUAAAGUGCCUAUUUCCCCAACUCCAAACCCCUCUAAAGCAGGCCUAGGCCAUUUUCAAUAGGGGUCAUUGACCUUCCUGCGGCCCAUGCAAAAGAGAUUACUUGGUUAUCAGACAAACCUGUUUGGGUCGAUCAGUGGCCCCUUACCUCUGAAAAGCUUGCAGCCGCACAGCAGCUAGUGCAGGACCAGUUAGAUGCAGGCCACAUUGUCCCCAGUGAUUCCCCUUGGAACACACCCAUCUUUGUUAUUCGAAAAAAGUCAGGGAAAUGGAGGCUGCUACAAGACCUUAGGGCAGUAAAUAAGACCAUGGUCUUAAUGGGACAUCUGCAGCCAGGACUCCCUUCACCCAGUGCCAUUCCUCUGGGAUUUUUUAAAAUUGUCAUUGAUCUUAAAGAUUGCUUUUUUUCUAUUCCCUUACAUCCAAAUCCAAAAUACAAUCAGCCCACUACAGAUCCUGUUACUACUGUUCAAAUAACUACAGUAAGUCCCUCAGCCAUAACAGUUUCUCAAGCUCCGCUACACCAGACAGAUCAUGUACCUGCCCCUCAAUAUUCACAUUCUAACCUAUUCAGUUUGAUUAAAGGAGCAUACAUGGCUUUAAAUCAUACCCAACCUGAUCUCACCCAAUCAUGUUGGUUAUGCUUGGCUGCUCCUCCCCCAUAUUAUGAAGGAAAGGCCCUCAAUUUAACCUUUAUCAGUUCUUCUAGCUCAUCUGCCUGUGACUGGAACAAUCACCACAAGCUGACUCUCCCUGAUGUCUCAGGUAGAGAAACUUGUCUUGGGGAUUCCAGCCGUCCACCAGCACUGGCAGCACAACUCUGUGCCCAGCUUCAUUCCAAAUUCAAGCCAAAUAAUUACCUCAUUCCACCCCCAGGAACGUCUUGGGCCUGCAAUUUUGGCCUAUCACCCUGUAUAGCAACUGCUGUUUUUAACAAGUCUACAGAUUUUUGUGUUCUUGUACAGGUUCUUCCACGCAUAACCUUCCACCCAGGAGACUACUACCUCCAGGCAUCGCAGACCGGCUAUAUAUCUAAGAGAAAACCUGUGACAUUCACCUUAGCUGUGUUACUAGGGUUAGGAGUAGCAACGGGAAUAGGGACAGGGACCACAGCUCUAGUGUUGGGAGAUAAGCAUCUAGCUCAAUUACAGGCAGCAGUAGAUCAGGAUUUAAAAGAAAUAGAAGCAUCUGUGACAGCUCUACAGGCGUCCCUGACGUCUCUAUCUGAGGUAGUCCUGCAAAAUAAAAGAGGACUAGACCUCCUGUUUAUGAAGGAGGGUGGCUUAUGUGCAGCCCUCAAGGAAGAGUGUUGUUUUUAUGCUGACCACUCGGGAGUAGUCAAAGAGUCCAUGAGUAAACUGAGAGAGCACCUCGAAGAGAGAGAAAAGGAGUGCAUCGGAGCAACCACCUUCUCCUCCAUGUGGGAGGAUCUCUCCCCUUACAUUGCCCCCCUCUUGGGACCCCUAGCUGCCUUGCUGUUGCUGCUUACUGUAGGACUUUGUGUUUUCCAGAGGAUCAUAACACUCAUUAAUAACAUUAAUAACAAGGUUGACACAUUUAUGGCAAAGCCCAUUCAGGUAUAUUACCAUCGGUUGGAAAUGGCAGAACAACAAACUUAUCGGGAAAAUUCACCCACUGACGGCCCACAUGAUGCUGUGGCCCAGACGCCCUGAGGCACUGGACAGGCAGUCAGAGACGGGCAACUAGGACACAUAUGUAAUGCCAAUCAGCCACCUAAGACAGGUCCAGGACCAACAGCUGUCCUGCAGGCCCAUGACGGGUAAGGCUCGAUUGGGUUCAUAUGAGGAGUCCUUGACCCAAGGCAGGCGCUGUCCUCCCAGGGCCUGCCAUGUUCCAAAAAAUAUAUAUAAUAAUAAGGGAGGAGAUGUAGGGAGCGGUUUUAAAUAGCUGCUGCUGCCCUGCCCCUCCUGCCUGAGGGCAUUUUGUGUGUCAGCCUACAUUUCCCAUGAUCCUCCCCUUGCCUGCAAUGCACAUGACAAGCAAACUUCCUGUUUCAGCCUGCCUACAUUACCCAUAAUCCUCUCCUGCUUACAUCAUAUAUCCGGAUAUGAUGAUGACCUAUCAGAUUAAGCCUUCUUCCUGCCUAUGGCCCGCCCCCACCCUAUAUAAGUUGUAACCAUUUUAAAAAUAAACGAGACUCGAUUGGAAUCUCA